CGUCUGAAAGGGCGCUUCCCCUUGCUCCUAACAGGCCGCCGGGCCAGCGACAAACCGACGCCUCCUCGUCCAAUCCGUCAGCUCCCAGUCGGCGAGGUCGAGCUCAGAGGCGCGCCGCUGGUUCCUUACAGCCGGAGCAGUCGGGCCCGAGAGGGGAGGGCGUAGAUGAGCUCGCCGGCGAGGUCGACCGUAUCGGCGGCGAGCGGAGGUGCCGUCUCCGCAGCGGAAGACGUCGCGGAUUCCAUCGACGCGCUCUACCGCAAGGACGAGGCCGUGGCUGAACUGAAGUCGGAGGUGAUGGAGGCGCUGCAGAGGGAGGUGAGAUCGCUUGAUGACGACAGCUGGAUGUUCGCCGCGCCACGGUCCCGCAUCAACCUCGUCUCCAGGCCCGGUGCUUACCUGCCGAAGCAACAAGGGAAACUCGUGGAAUUGGGUCAAGCAUCUAAGAAAACAAGGAACUUCUAGGGCAUAGAUUAUGAUGGAACAAGAUGCAGGACAGGAUACAUCUCAGAGGUACUCAGGUACAAUAUGCCACUUAUGUAGUCGAGACUCUAGACAUCAAAUACAUUGAUAAACACAUUCUUGAACACUAAGUUUUGAUGCCUUUAGUCCUCACCAUCACCAAAUUGGAUGCAUAUUAUUUAGUGAUCCUAAUUUCUUACUCUGAUACUAUUUGAUUAUACCUACGUUACCAAUCAACAAUAAAAAGGCCAUAGAUAAAACUUCAUUUCCCAAACACUUCUGUUACCCCAAUGUAUCAAAUUGGACUUGAAAAUGAAUGUGCAGUGUUUUGCUGUUUUAUUAGGGCUAUGCACUUUUGGUUUAUAAAUUAUGUUGCUCAGUAGACAAUGUUGGGGUGUUCUUUGCUGUUACUGACAGCAAGGCACUUGACAGCUAGACUGUAUGACGAUUCUUGGGGUUUCUAUUUUUUUGGUUGUUUUUUCCUUUCAAGUGUGAAUGAAUGCUAAUAUGCACUCUAUAUGCCAUGUUGAACAAUGCAUAUGGAUAAGGAAAACUGUAAUUAGUAGCUUAAUACCAUGAUCCAGAAGUUAGAAAUGCCUAGGGAUUCAGAUUGUUGUGAGUGAUGUAGUAUAGUGGUCAGGCUUUGAGGCCUUAAGAAAGAACUUUUUGCUAGCUCCUACAAAGGAAGUUGGCUUUGCACCUGUUAUUUCUUCCAGGGUUAGUGCUUAUUGUCAGUAGCCAUCUUUCACUGAAGAAUGAUGCUUCAACUUGAAGUUAAGUAGUUGACUUUGCGAAUGCAUUUUCCACCAUGGGUAUAGGAGACAGCAAAAAGUUGAAAAAACUAUCCAUCGAACACUAAGUUUUGCUGUUUGUGGUCCUCACGAUCACCAGCAUUGCAAUACAUCAACAUGUCAGAUUUCUAUCAGUUGUUGAGUUGAAAGCUUGCAAGAUAAAAAUUCAUCCCUCGUCGUAACUACAUUAAAACAUAGAUUUAUUAUUUAAAUUUGAUCAUCUUUUUAGUAUGGCAGUCUUACAUGCCUGAUUCUGAUAUAUUUGGUGCCUGCUUAUGAACAUAUAACUUAGCGUUACAUGGACAUUUUUGUUAACCCAACAGACGGUGUUAGACAUUCACAAUGAAUGUGCAGUGUCCUGCAUUUUUAUUAGGGCUAUGUGCCAUUGGUUUUAUAAAUCAUUUUGCUUGAUUGAUAAUGUCCAUGUGUUCUCCAGUGAAAACAAGGCACGCGAGAAUUAUAUUAGGCUGUAUGACGAUUCCAGUGUGUCGUAUAAUAUUUACUUCUUUUGAAAUGUCUAAUAUGCACUUUAUGCUAUGUUGGACACAGGCAAUGCUAUGAACAAAACUGGGGAAACUGUAGUAGUAACAGUAGCUUGAUAUGAUGGCCCACAACUUAGAAAUGGCAGGCUUCAGAUUGGCGUGAAUGAUGUAUGCAGUAUGGUACACACUAUAGCUUUCUUAUUUAGGCCAUGCUUUCAGACUUUUGGAAGGAAUUUUUUUGCUAGUGCGCACAAAAGAAGUUGGUUAUGCACCAGUCAUUUCUUGCUGAGGUGAUGUUUGUUGUCAGUAGCCAUGUUCUUUUGAGAUGAUGCUUCAAGUUGUUGACUUUGUGAAUGUAUUUGCCAAUUGUCUCAUGAGUAUAGAGCAGUGAAUAUAAUGGAAGAAACUGGACACUUAUUUUUUCUUUUCUUAAAUGGAUUUUUCGUAUAAGAUAGUAGCCUAUAAUGUUCAGGUAAGUUGUAUGAUGCCACUUCCGGUGAAGUCCGCCUGAAAGUAGGUCAUAAUCAAUUUUACUUAUAGAUGUACUGAUGCUUUUGCCUGUACCCCGAACUAGCGAAAACACAGAAUAAUUGUAGCCUUUGCCUAAAGACACCUCUAGUCAACAUAAUGUCACGUCUUUUUCCCCCUCUCAUUUGAACUAUUGACUGGUUAUUAGUUAGUCAUUCUCUUUCUAUUGUAUCUGUAACAUUAUUGUGAAUUUUAGAUCCAUUUUUAGUCUGGCAUACACGCUGCCCUAUGCCCCUAUGGUUGUUUUGACUCUUUGUAUUAGUCUAUGCCUGUAUUGUAUCCAUCCUCUUCAUUAUCAUGUUAUUGUUGACCUUAAAGCUAUGUUACAUAAAUAGACUAAGAAGCAAAUAAAACAAAAACUCUAAUCUUAAAUGCUAGGAAGUAAUGUGAUUAUUACAGUAGUCUCUUUUGAUCAUUUGGAAAAAAGAGAGUGCUGAAUCUUUGGUAAUAUCAAACUAAUACAUCAAGAUUUGCUUGUUUAAUAUUAGCUGAUAGCAUGAUAUUGAGCAUUUGCAUGCCGGCAGAUCCAUUUGUAUCUGCUUUCUGUUUUGAGGCCCUAGCUGUGCUAGUGAUGUUCUAUGGUUGCUGAGGUCAGUUUAUUUAAUUUCCUGAUGUCUGUACCUUGUUGGCAUACCAUUGUUGAUUUUCAGUUUGAAGUUUGUGGUGCUGAGGGUCCACAUUGUCUUGCUGUAGUAUUAUGUUAUGGGAGUGGCGUCAGGAUAUGAGGCUUUUUUGUGUUAUAUGCUGGGUGUCGGUGGAUAAUCUGGAGUAAUGGACAGUAGGUAGCACGAGUAAGAUCUUUUCUGCUCUCCUGCAGUCACAGCAUCAUUGCUUGAUGACUAUCUCGUGAAGCUUGUGCUGCUGAGAGCAUUGCCAGUUGCCGCUGGGGAGGUGUGCCUGUGCUUACUGCUUACUGCCAUGCUAGGCGCCGACACCGAUGCUGCCAUUUAAACCUGCCUUCUAUAUUUCCUUUUUUUUUUGAAUAAUCACUAUUUUUCUUUUCUUUUUUUUUGCUGGAUGGGUUAAAGAGGAGCGUGCAGUAGUUUGUUGUCCAACAGGUGGUCACAGCAUCCAAGUUGCGAUCGAUCCAUGGGACCCGUCUAUUUUUUUCGAAUAAUUAUCCAUGGGACCCGUCUUGCUGCUGCUGUCCCGAGUCCUGACCCUGCUUCAGCCACUGUAGCCUGUAACUUCAACGCAUGGGAAUGGUAUGAUGAAGUGAAAUCGCAAACGCCAAGCUGAGGAACGAAGACCUACAAUGCAAUGCAAUGAAGCUCGCAAAAAUGGUCUCGGUGUUCAUCUACUCUCCUUAGGUUGCUCAUAAUAUUAUCUGAUGUUGCCUGUUGGCGAAUGUGUUAAAGAUUGUGUAUGAUUCGCUCUGCUUGGCCACUUGAACUUGUUGA